CUGCUAUCAGACCGUUCGAGAUGGAGCGGCCAAGACACCGUCCGUUUCUGAUCGGUGUUAGCGGAGGAACGGCCAGUGGCAAGAUUUGAAUUACGCAAUUUCUAACAGUUGUCAUGCAGGAAUAGGAGAACUCGUGAUGUGAUGUGACAUUGCUAAUGAAAUGGGGACGUCUCUUGCCACCAAGCCAUCAAUUAAACUAACUCAACAGUAUGUGCCAAAAUCAUGGAGUUGCUGGGCCAGAACAAGGUGGACCAUCGUCAGAGGAAAGUUGCUAUCGUCAGCCAAGACAGUUUCUACAGAGUCUUGACACCUGACCAGAAGGCCAAGGCACUCAAGGGCCAUUACAACUUUGACCACCCAGAUGCUUUCGACAAAGAGUUGAUGUACCAAACCCUGAAGGAUAUUGUGGAGGGGAGUGUGGUGGAGGUGCCGACAUAUGACUUUGUCACGCAUUCCAGGCUGCAGGACAGGAUCACGGUGUACCCCGCUGAUGUGGUUCUGUUUGAGGGCAUUCUGGUAUUCUACUCUCAGGAAGUGAGGGACAUGUUUCACAUGGAGCUCUUUGUGGACACUGACUCUGAUGUCAGGCUGUCCCGCAGAGUUCUGCGGGACAUGAAGAGAGGCAGAGACCUGGAGCAGAUCCUUAACCAGUACACCACGUUUGUCAAGCCAGCCUUCGAGGAGUUCUGUUUGCCUACCAAGAAAUAUGCAGAUGUAAUUAUUCCUCGAGGAGUUGACAACAUGGUGGCCAUCAACCUCAUCGUGCAGCACAUCCAGGACAUCCUGAAUGGGGACCUCUGUAAGUGGCACCGUGGAGGAGUGGUGAAUGGGCACAGCCGGGGCUUCAAGCGGGCCAUCUCGGAGCAGGGGGACCUGGAUAACGCCACCUCCAACCUCCCCCUAGGGAAGAGGGUCCUACUGGAGCCCAGCAGUCGCCCCCACUUUUAAAUGGAAGAUCAGUUCUUGUUCACAUCAUGUUUCUACAGUGACAGGCAUAGCAUGAUUUGUCUAUCAAGAUUUGGUUGGUGAGGUGAUCAGAACACUAGUACUCAGGGCCCGUAUCCACAAACCAUCUCAGAGUAGGAGUGCUGAUGGAUCAGUGCUGAUGGAUCAGUUUUGCCUUUUAGAUAAUGAAUAAGAUUAUAUGGAUAGUUUAUAAAGUUCAGACUGACUCUUCACCCUGACUCUUCUAAUAAACGGUAUCAUUAUUUUACUGUCAAUGAUCUGUAUGCAGGUGUGCUCAACCAGGUCAACAAAGAGGAUAUCCAAGGUAGCCUAUCAUAAAGGUGUUGUCCUAGUGACCUGCC